UGACAGUACUUCGGCGCCUCAUUGAUACAGUAAUUGCGAUAGCAUAACAAUUCAUUUCUUGUUCUACGUUUUCUUUUACACAGAUUCAUGAUACCCUAGUCAGCAUUUUGAAGAUUUUCUGUUUUCUCCUCUUCACAACAAAUCAAACUGUAAAGCGUCAAACUAGCUUACUGUUUGCUCUCACAACAUAUCAAAAUUCAUAGCUACUUACAAGAGGUGAAAAUCCUCAGAAUUGAAGAUGGAUCCAUUUCUGAAAGAGUUCAAGGCCGCAUACAAUGAAGGGAAUGGCUACAAUCUAUCCAUGACCCUUCACCCAGCCGCCCCUGCCUCGGAUCCAAACAGACUUAAAGAUUUCUACCGAAGUACAAAUUACGAGCAUGUCAAGAAGGAUAUUGACUAUCGACUCCUUUAUGAUGAUCGAUCUCCAUUGAAUUGUCCAAUAGAAGAGGCCAGGGCGUGGGUGGACGUUUGCUGCGCGUUUUGGAAAUUUAUUGGGUUGAUGUACAAUGCAGACGUUGCUCCUGAAGACAACUCAAAGGUAUGUUUUUUGAUAUUUCCGAUGAUUGAUACAUGUCGAUAUUGCUUAAUCAAAAGUGCUGGUCAAACACGUGACUGUGUUGCAAAUACUUUUUCCGCAUUUACCAGACUUGUCAUCUUCACAGCCAAAAAAUCAGCUAACAAAAGUUUAGGAUGCAUGGACGAAGGUAUAUGAAUCAUGGAAAGAAGUAACAAAUGCUCUUCAUCGUGGUUACAGUGCCUGCGGGUUUGAAGCUUGGACAGUACCUUGCUUAUACGUAGCUGGCAAAUAUUUACGAAUCUUUGCUAUUAAGGCUGAUGAGGCAACUGGUACCGUGAUGAACGCUGCUAUGAACUACCAGGACGACUUAAACCCAGAGUCAGAAAAGAAUGAGAAACUGGAAGAUGCAGCCCGACAGCUCAACCGCAUUUUCACCUUAUGUCUCAGUGACCGAGCAUCCCUUGAAGAGUCUAGAAAAUGGGCUACUUACAAUAUAAUCAAUUUAUUGUUCAAGACUUAUUUCAAGCUAAACUCUAUCGGAUUGUCGAGAAACAUUCUCAACGCGAUUCAGGCAUAUAGAGGUGAUAUGCCUAGCCUUGAAUCUUUCCCAAUGUCUCAUCAAGUGACGUUCAAAUAUUAUUGUGGAGUCAUAUACUUUCUUGAGGAACAUUACGAAGAAGUGAGUUCAUUCAAUCACAGUGUCUCAUCAUGCAGUUUUCACUAAUUUUUUUAGGCAGAGAAAUAUCUCACCGAAGCAUGGAAACUAUGUCACAAGAGUGCUGUUAAAAACAAGGAGUAUGUUUACCUCCAUAUACCAGCAUCAAAUUCCCACUAACCACAACAACCAGGCUCAUUCUUACAUAUCUAAUUCCCUGUCAUCUCCUAACAACUCACACUCUUCCUACACCAGCCCUCCUUCAGCCGUACCCCAAACUCCAAAAACUUUUCGCUCCCCUCUCACGUUGCAUCAAGAAAGGCGAUCUCGUCGGUUUCGACACCGCACUCUUAGCCGGUGAAAAUGAAUUCGUCAAACGUCGUAUCUACCUAACUCUAGAACGUGGCCGCGACAUCGCUUUACGCAAUCUCCUACGUAAAGUCUUCAUCGCAGGUGGUUAUGAAGAAGCCAAGGAACCAACCGCUGCACCAGUAAGAAAGACGCGAAUUCCAGUUGAUGAAUUUGCUGCUGCGAUUAGUAUUGGUAGUAAAGAGACAAUGGAAAAUGAUGAGGUGGAAUGUUUACUUGCUAAUAUGAUUUAUAAGGCAAGUUAUAUGUUUUAUUUCUCAUUUGCUACAGAAUUCUGUGAUUGGAGUGAGUCAAAAUUUGCUAACAGUGACUCUUUAGAGCUUGAUGAAAGGUUACAUAGCACGAGAAAGAGGAAUCGUGGUAUUGAGCAAGGGUGGCGCAUUUCCUGGAACAGGCGUAUAGAUGUUUAUUAAAGAAGAGGCAGCACAAUGAUAUUGAUUAUAUUAUUUCUAACAAGGUAGUAUGUUGUGGUAUCAUCUUAGUUCGGCGAUAUUCACAAUAAAUACAUAUACGAGAUUAGUACCAAGGACGUUUGCCUCGUAGGCAACACUCAUUUCACAUGCAUUUACCUACAAUCGGCCC